AUGGAUAGAUUUCUGCCAUACAAACGGGAUCCCCUGGUGCGGCGUGACUUCUCCGGACGACGAGUUUCCCUAUCAAAGGAUUUUGAUACCCAGAUCACCAAUCAAUGGGCGUUGAGUGCUCAGCAUGAAAAGCGUAGGAAGGGCUACGAAUCCAGAGUCAAAAUUUGCAACUCCACCAUCCCCCGAGCCAAAGAGCCCAACAACCCCAUCUCCAUCCGACUCUACUAUCCCAUAGCCUUCUUUGGGCAACGAGACACCGCGGAUCCGCUCCCCCUAUACAUCCACUUUCGCGGGGGUGGAUUCCUAUGCGGAGAUCUGGACACCGAGGACGCCAUCUGCGCCGAAAUGGUCAGUAGCCUGACGCCUACCUGCCCCAUCAUUGUCAUUAGCAUCGAUUACCGAAGUACCGUGGAAGAACCCUUUCCAGCCAUGUAUCAUGACGCCUGGGAGGCAUUCGAGUUCAUCCAGGAACGUAUUAGAGGUUACGGCGGGGAUUCGAAACGCGUCAUCCUCGGCGGGGAGGACUCUGGCGCUGCGCUGGCACUAUGGGUUGCCAUGUUCGCGAAGAAGACGGAGGUAGUGGCCAAGACACAUAGGCUCAACAUCGUAGGGUUGAACUUGACUACGCCGUGGUUUCCGCAUAUGGACGUGGAGAAGGCCGCGCAGACCGAGUUUUCGAGGUAUCAAUGUUGGAACGCGCCGUUUCUGCCGAUGGCUGUCCACCACAUGUAUAGAGACAUGCUCGAAAUGGAGGAGUCGAAUUUGUCGCAUUUCACUGUGGGGGAAUGUUCGAAUUUCUCGGGGUUGCCGCGGACUUGCAUGCUGGUUGCGGGUCAGAGCUUGUUGAGGGAUCAGGCGUUGAGACUUGCACAUUGCAUGGAACAAGCUGGUGUUCGGGUAUCCCUCGAAAUAUUCUCCGGAAUGCCUCAUGAGUUUCGACGCGUCUAUGUCUUACCACAGGCUGAAGUCGCAAAUGCUAUGGUCGAGGAUAAUAUUAGGUGGAUUUUGAGGAUGCCUCCGCGUUUGUAUACCGACUAA